AUGGCUGACGCCCUCUUGUUUGUGGCUGCCGCUGCCUUCACGGCCCUCUACAGGUUUGCGGAAGCAUCCAUGGAUAUGCGGCUGCAGAGUGCAGCGGUGAACGUCACCUUCCACGCUGCCAGCCAGACCAUGGUCAUCGACAGCUCGACGGCGCGGCUCCUGGAGCUUGUGCGUGCCCGGAAUGGGAAGUCUUUGCUGAGCCUCUUCGCCUGCCGCACGGCCGGCGGCCAGCACCUGCUGCGGCAGUCGCUGCUGGCGCCUCCGGUCCAGUUGGAGGAGAUUCAGGCGAGGCAAUGUGCAGUGGAGGAGUUGCUCCAGAACGAGCCGCUCUUCUUUCAGCUACAAUCUCUGCUGCCUCAGCUGGCAGACCUGGAUGCUCUCUUGGGUCGCCUCACUUUGACGCCACGGGGCGAUGGCACGGCCGACUGGUGCAAGAUCGCUGUCCGAACAGCGCUUCGUUUGCGCAGUGCCCUGGCUGCCUUGCCUUCUUUAGCCGAUGCGUUGCCAGCGUCGGAGGGUCUUUUGGCUGAUGCACGCGGGCUGCUGAGUCAGAAUCGGUUCCGAGAGCUCCACGAGGAGCUGGACCGCGUCUUGGAGGACUCCUCUUUUCGCCUUCGGGGCUCCAUGGGGCACUUGGCCUUGAUGUACGCCGUGAAAAAGAACGCCAGUGCUCUGCUGGACGUGGCCAGGCAGACUUGGAGCGAGUCCAUGGAUGCGAUCCACAACCUGCAUCGCCGUCUUGCUGUGAAGUAUCCUGAGCUGAAUUUGCGCCUGGAGUACACCGAAAAGAGAGGCUGGUAUCUCUCGCAUGCAAGAAGCAGCACGGUGCCGUGCGAGUUCUUCCACACCAGCGCGAAGGGCAGCUCUGGACGACUGGCGUCAACAACCCGGGAGCUCAACUCCGAGAACUUCAAGCUGCGGCAGGCAGAGGCCGAGAUUCUGAAGAGGAGCGUAGAAGUCCUGGCCACCCUCCUGCACGAGCUGCGCAGCGAGGCAGCCUUACUGCACCGUGCCUCCCAGGCCACGGCCGUCCUGGACCUGGUGGCCGCCUUCGCCGGCUACGCGCUCGAGGCCAACUGCGUGAGGCCUGAGAUGCAGGAGUCCCAGGAUGCCCCACUGGCUAUCCAGGCUGGACGGCAUCCGCUGCUGGACCGGCUGGGGGACUUUGAGCCGGUGGAUUUCUUCGUAGAUGGCAAAUGCCACUUCCAACUCAUCACAGGGCACAACGGAGGAGGGAAAACUACGUAUCUGGCAACAAUGGCACAGCUGGUGAUCCUGGCCCACGUGGGCUGCUUCGUCCCUGCAAACUAUGCCGCCUUCCGGCUAGUGCCAUCGCUGUUCACAAGGAUGGGAACGAGUGAUUCCAUUGAGGCAAGUGCAUCCUCUUUCCUCGUAGAGAUGCAAGAGGCUUCUUACAUCCUGAAGAGCUUGACCUCCCAGAGCUUGGUACUUGUUGACGAGCUUGGCCGGGGCACAUCCCAUGCUGAUGGACUCGCAAUCUGCUGCGCUGUGUGCGAGAGGUUGAUGCACCUCCGAGUCUACACACUCUUCGCUACACACUUCUUUGAAAUUUGCGGAGUCCUGGCCGCCCGUGCUGGCUUCCGGAGCAUGCACUUGGAGAUACUGGAGGAACCUCACCAAGAGGGAGCACGCCGGCGCUUCUGCGUUCAACGUGUGGAGUCCCUGCAGGCACUGGCAGAGAAGGCCGCUGAGCACUAUGGCCUGAAGGCUGCGGCUCAGCUCCUGCCCGAGGCCCUCUUGGAACGUUCCAAGACGAUGGCCACACAGGUGCAUGCCUGCCUCGGACGCCUGGGUCGGGGGGCUGAGGAGAGGAGCUCAAGGACUCGGAGAAAUUUGACUGGAAGAAUGCAUACUUUGCAGCAGCUCCGGCUACUGGCAAGCUCCUCCUUGUCGCCCGAAGCACGCCGGGAGGUGCUGAGGCAGCUCCAAACCGCUGUGUGCUGA